CGCAAAUACAGCAGUGCUGGGUAUCUGCGUAAGAGUUUGGACUCUGGAAAAAGCGAGCUAUGUCAGUCCAGGCAAAGACCAGACACACCACAAGCUCGAAAACGGUGAAAGAUGCCCAAUCACUGAGCCCACCUAAGAAGCGAAAACGCGAAACCGAGCCCAUCGAGACUACGAAAAAGAAGAAAAAGCCGCGGACAGAGGAUGGCGCAGAAACCCCAGCUGCAGUAGCGGAGCACCCUACGGAGCGGAAGGAGAAGAAAAAGAAAAAGAAACAGAAGUCCAAAGAGGAGGGCGAUGUCGCUGCACGCAGGGUAGAAGAGGAAGAAGAGGCGCCCGUAUCGCAGGACAUAGAACCAGGAGACGACGAUGCCGCUGAGGAAGACAACGAGCCCGAUAUAGAGACAGACGCAGUUGUCAUGGAUGGAUCAGAAGCCGCGGACGGAGAAGAAGCAGAACUCAAUCUACUGGAAUCCGAAGAUCCUAGCUCCUUCUACUCAACUCGCCUCUCACUCUACCUCUCGAUACCUGCGAUCUCACUUGAAGCUGCGAAGCCGUCGGUACUUGCAGUGCACCUUGCACCAUUACUUCUGACAUACUUUCCUCCCGCACAAGGAAUUGUUCUGGGAUUCUCUGACCCUGUCAUGUCCGCACAACCUAACUCCGGCAUCAAUCUUCCCCUCUUACCUCCCCGAAAUGGCGAAAUCGAGGCACAAGCAGAAGUGCUUGCAGACACAGCUGACGAGUUUGGAGUAUGUUGGGUCUGGCUCACCGCUACGUUUCUCGUGUUUCGACCUGAAAGAGGCGACGAGCUGUAUGGGUGGACGAAUGUUACUUCGGAAGGCUUCGUGGGCCUGGUGAGCUACAACUACUUCCAGGCGGCCAUUGGCAAGGCUCGGAUUCCUGCGGAGUGGAAAUGGAACGGGCCGAGCAGGGAACAGCUGCAGAAAACCAAGAAGGGCAGGAAGGGUCGACUGCGCGAUGAGAGCGGCUUGGAUGAUGGGGAGGAACACGGCACACAGGAGACUGCAACAACAGUGGUGGAGGCUCCAUCCUCACAGUCCCUACUGGCCGAUGACGGCGGACACUUUACAGACGCAAGCGGGACGAAGAUCCAGUCGACGCUGAAAUUCCGCGUGGCGGACACAGAAAUAGUUCCGGCGCAUGACAGGCACAAGUGGUCCUUGCAGAUUGACGGCACUCUCCUAGAUGAUGAGGCUGAGCAGAGUGUGCUAGAAGAAGAACGCGGGAAAUUUGAGCGGGCGCAAGAAACCAGUCGAUCCAGGUCGCUGGGAGGUGAAGACGCAGCGGUGAUGAGUGGAGCAUUGAGAAGAUCGCUGAGCCGGGAAGGAAGUGUUGGCUCGAGGAUUUCCGGACACACGCCGGCGCGGCAUCGAGUGACUUAUUAGGAGCCGCUGUGCACUAUCUAGCAAGUUGACUGCCUAUAAGGACGUGGGGGGUGGCCAUGCCAAUGAUCUGACGACUCGUUCCUGAUGAUUUCUAUAUUUGCUUCGUGGUGGGCUUUAACAAUCGGCUCACCCUGAUUGGUCAACGAAGUAUAUACGGGUGGUGGGGUGCGAUGGGUGACGCAAUGCCACUUGGGCACUUUACAUAGCGCAAUGAGCAUGGCCGGUCACGGUCAAUGGAAUGUCCCCGCAGGCACGCAAGAGAGAC